UAAAGUUGUGUUUGAAGCAGGGCGACUUCCGGUGUGGCGCGGGGCCGAGUCCGCUUCUGGUGCGAUUGGCCGGCGGGAGGAAGCGCCGGGCACCGAGAGAGACGCCCGACGGGGACACGGAGCACUCGGCAUCAUGCUGUCGCUGGAUUUCCUCAACGAUGUGCGGCGAAUGAAUAAGCGGCAGCUGUACUAUCAGGUGUUGAAUUUUGGUAUGAUUGUAUCAUCUGCACUGAUGAUAUGGAAAGGACUGAUGGUCCUCACAGGGAGUGAAAGUCCAAUUGUAGUUGUACUCAGUGGGAGUAUGGAACCUGCAUUCCAUCGAGGGGAUCUUCUAUUCCUGACAAAUCGAGUCGAGGAUCCCAUUAGAGUUGGUGAAAUUGUUGUCUUCAGAAUUGAGGGACGAGAAAUUCCAAUAGUACACAGAGUACUGAAAAUUCAUGAGAAAGAAAAUGGUGACAUCAAGUUCCUGACGAAAGGUGACAACAACGCUGUUGAUGACAGAGGCCUGUACAGGCAGGGACAACAUUGGCUAGAGAAAAAAGAUGUUGUGGGAAGAGCUCGUGGGUUUGUUCCUUAUAUAGGCAUUGUGACCAUUCUCAUGAAUGACUACCCAAAAUUUAAGUAUGCAGUGCUCGUUCUGCUGGGUUUGUUUGUGCUGGUCCAUCGAGAGUAAAGACCGGGUGGACUUGACCUGAGGAUAGGAGUGGAGUUUCGCACUCAAGGCCAAAGUUCCAGAUGACCAGCCGUCGUGCACUCCUGCAGCUAUUCCCAGGGGUUCUGCUUCCUGACAGAUGUUGAUUCAGUGUUUUUAAUGAAGGUCUGUACAGUAGAAACUUAAGUGAUGGACAGAAAGAUGCCAUCUUCCACGCAAAAGCUUUUGGAUUCUGCAUCUCAAAUUUCUAUUGCAAAGUGAUAUUGGUGAAUUUGGCAGAGAGGGGAAAGUGUAGGGGGGUGGUGGGAGGAAGGUAUGGUUGGGGUGAGUGGUUUGAAAUCUGAUGACGUAAACCUAAGUUGUAUCUCCCAGCUUGGACCUUGUAUGGCCUGGCGUCACUGCUGUUCCGGUACAGAUUAAAAGUGUUCCAUCCUGCA